ACUUCUCAUCGUGCACCAUUUUUUUAUGCAAAGUGAUCACUGUGAGAAUUUACAGGCAAAUAAGUAUGAAAACGCCGAGUUUGCUUUAACUUGUAAGAAAAAUAGCGAAAAAAAUAGUGUUUAAUUAAAUAAAAAUCCAGUAGAGGAAUGUUUUGACAGCUUUUUAGAAAGCAAAAUUGAGUAAACCACGUGAAACCCAGGUAAUACCACAACUUUUGGCAAUUUCGGCAGCGGACCUUCAAGAAAAGCAAAAAAUGAUAUACCCGAAAACUCUCAACAGUCAUUUUAUAAUAUAAAAAAAAACGAUUUGACCAUUCCCUUAAGCGACUGAUCUUCACUGUAACAAUGCGCCCAACAGUCAAUACAUUACGCGCAGCUGCUGACGUAGAUUCAGGCAUGCACAAGUACAAGCAAACGUCAGCUCAUUGCCAAUUUUUUGGCAAAGGCCCCAACAACGUAGGUACCUAUACUACAUAUCGCCGCAGAUGGGCUUACGGCUGCCUACCUACCUAAACAACGCGAGAGCUUAGCUGUCGCUAUGUGUUCGUGUGCUUGUAUAUGGUCGCUGUCGCCCUAACUAUCUAAGUAUUACGACGUCGUCGUCGUCGUCGCCAGCGCCAUUGUCAACGCCUUCCGAUGCGUCGUCGCCACGCUAUCGAUCGUUGUUUGCAGAAUUUCAUUUUCGCAUGUGGCCCACACAUUGUUACCAUCAGCCGAUGCUCUAUGUAUGUAUGCAUGUAUUUAUGUAGCGUGUAAGCUCCGUGUGUACAUACAUACAAACAUACAAACCUGUGUAUGACUCUGCGUAUAGUUUGCUGGUAGGUAGGUAGGUAGGUAAGUACCUACGCUGCUCCUCCACAGCGCCCACUGCGUCGCUCGCAAUUUUUUAUGAGCUUUUUGGUUCUUUGUUUGCUUUUUUCUACUUUUUAUUACUAUUUUUGCUCAUUUCAUGUUAGUCGGUAUUUUGGGUUUUGGAUUUGGUUCGCCGCUGUGCUGUUUAUGUGUGCUAUAGUGUGUGCGUGUAGGGGCAUAUAUGCAUGGGUGUGUGUGUGUGGAUGUUUUCUGCGAUCGGUAUCAAGGUUUUUGGCAAUUCAGUUCGCGGUUGCGACUUUAGUCGGUUGGUAGGUUGUGCCGUGCUGUGUUGUCGUCGUCGUCGUCGUCGUGAUCAUUUCAUUGUCGUCAUCGCAGAUCAACAUUGCGAUUAUCAAUCGUCUUCUAUUUCAUAUGCAAGCAACAAAAGCAAAAACAAAAAAAAAAACGUAAAACAAUAAUAAUGCAGUAUAAACUUUAAUUUAUUUUAAAUACAAAAUAUUUGUAUAUUUAUCACAAGUUUUGCUUUGCUAAAAAGCUUCGCAUUAUUGCAAUAUAUAUUUUGUGCAAAAAAAACAAAACCUACAACAGCAACAACAACAAGACCAAAGCAAGCAACAAAUAAUAGUGCCUUAAAGUUUACUAAUUAUAUUAAUUUAAAACAAAAAUAAAUGCGUGCAUAAAAGUGAACAAAACGCCAAAAAAAAAGUAAAUUAAAACUUCAAAACUCCCCCAAAUCAACCAAAAAUGCGUUACAAAUGAACAACAAAAAGGGGAAAAAGCAAAAACAUUAAAUCGUGAAAAUGUAUUGGCCUGAGCAAAGCAAACUUACUGUGAGGUUACAGUAACAGUGUAGAGGUGUGCUCACAAAAGAAUAAUCAAAAAGAAACCAACUACUAUAUAACACAAAACACACAAAAAUAUGCAUACACAAACAAAAUUCUAAACAAAGUUUUCAAAUUAUUAAAAAAACAAAAAUAUUUUAAAAAUAUAUUAUUAUAUAAUCGGAAAUUCAUAUCAGACAACAUAUCAAAAAUCUUAACUCAGCUUCAAGAAUUCCUCAUAUUUUUUGAAUUGGCUUACCGACACUCCAUCACAUUGGAUUAUUUUUAAUUGGAUUGCAUUGGAUUUAUUUACACUUGAGAACCAGUCAAAUUAAAAACCUACACACUGGCUUACAACAGCGACGAAACGACGGUGCAAGAAACCAUCACACAACUGGAUUACUACGCCUAUUGGCUGACACACUGCUUGGGAAGAUACAACACUGAUCAAGGAGCUAUGGACCAGCAAUUCUGUCUACGCUGGAACAAUCAUCCGACAAAUUUAACUGGUGUGCUAACAUCGUUGCUGCAACGGGAGGCACUCUGCGAUGUGACGCUGGCAUGCGACGGUGAAACAGUCAAGGCGCAUCAAACAAUUCUAUCAGCAUGCAGCCCCUAUUUCGAAACAAUUUUCCUGCAAAACCGCCAUCCACAUCCUAUCAUCUAUUUGAAAGAUGUCAGAUACUCAGAAAUGCGCUCCCUGCUCGACUUCAUGUACAAAGGCGAAGUCAACGUCGGACAGAGUUCGCUGCCGAUGUUCCUCAAAACAGCCGAGAGUCUACAGGUUCGUGGUCUCACGGACAACAACAACCUCAAUUAUCGUACGGAGCAUCGCGACUCGCCCAUAUCCUCGCCCACCGGCCGCACACCCUACAGUAGUGGCGGCCUCGGCGGCAUCGGCGAAUGUGAGACACGCGAACGUGAUCAACAGCUACGUGGUCGUGCCACCGAACGCGAACUACGCGACGAUUUGCAUGCACAUCGCAGCAGCAGUCUUCCGGACCGAAAUGCCGUCGCAGCUGCUACUGCCAGUGUGGGUAGUGUGAGUGCCAGUUUACAAUCCGCCGCAGUAGCUUUGGGUUUAGGCGAACGUUCACCGAUUACAGCGGCCGCAAUGGCUGCUGCAGUGGCGGCUGCGGCUACACGUAGCGCCAGCGCUGAUGCGCUAGGCGGUUCGACGAAUACAGGCUGCACCGGUAGCGGUAGUACCGUUGGUGGUGGAGUGUUAAAUAGUCGCAAUAGUGAUGCGAAUAGUGAGCGUGGAGGCGGUGGUGGUGGUGCGGGAAAUGGAGGCAGCAGUGGCGGGCGCAGCAGCAGCAUUGGUCGCGAUCGCGCCGACAGUCGUGAUGAACUCAUGCAGCUAGACUAUAGUAACAAGGAUAACAGAGAUCGUGAUAGAGAGAUGUCCACCACGCCGGUGGAUCAUAUAGGUAGUAAUAAGCGAAGACGUAAGAACUCAUCCAACUGUGAUAAUUCGUUGACCUCGACACAUAACGCAAAUGUACAGGACAGGCACUAUACUCAGGAUUCUCAGGCAUCCUCACGCAGCAAUUUCAAAACGAGUCCCGUGCCAAAAACCGGCAGCACGUCCGAAUCGGAGGACGCGAUCAUCACAGGCGUUGGCGAUCGACGCGAUUCACCACUUUCCGCCAGUCAAUUGAGUAGCAGUGGUGGUGUUCUGGGUGGCGUGGGUAGCGGCAGUGUUAGUGCGAUUCCCAGUAGUAUUGGUCUCAGUCAAGCGCUUAGUAUUAAACAAGAAUUAAUUGAAGCACAACAACAACACCAACAGCAGCAACAGCUGCAGCAACAACAACGUGAGACCCAUGUACCUUUGCCAACUGAAUACUUGCCGCCCGGUGCUCUAAAGCUACAUCCCGAGGAAAUGUCCCAAUUAUUAUCAACACAUGGCCUGCAGCAAGAUGGUCGAGAGGAUCAGAAUGAUGGCAAGCAGCUACCAUUGGAUCAGUCGGACAACAUUGAUGGUGAUGAUGGUGUUGGUGAUAAUGCAAAUGAUGAUGAAAAUAUCGGAGUAGGCGGUGAUAUUCGUAAUGGCAAUGAUGACAAUAUUGAUGACGAAGGUGAGGAUAAUGAUGUUGUUGCUGAAGUGCAUCGCAGUCGCAUUGCGUAUCAUAACAGUCGAAGGCAUGCGAUUCGUGCAGCCGGUGCUUUGCAAUCGCAGCCACAUGCGGAUGGUCAUAUUGACGUAGCCAACGAAAGCCAUGCGGAAAAUAUGUGCGAAGAUGAGGAUUACGAUUAUGACAAUGAUUGUCAUAGCGAUUGUGAUCACAAGAUUUUAGACAGCAACUACAAUUGUCAUUACAAACGUUGCAAACAAGAGGCGGCCAUGCGCAGCCAACAGGCGCAACAACAACAGCAGCAGCAGCAACAGAAAAAUUUACAUGCGCAACACUAUCACCAGCAGCAUGUUGCCGAGAUAAUGUUGCACGGGUGUAAUGGUCCAUUGAAUGAUGCUAUUGGCCUCACGACGACGGCGCCACCACUACCCCUAUCGACACAUCGUCACCUGCACCCACAAACUGUUAUAAAUCUGGGACGUUGUGGCAGCGCUUUAGAUGCGCUUUGCUCUGCAGAGGUCGCUGCUGCAGCCGCAGUAGCUGCGCUCUCGCCAGCCUCUUCGAAUGCCUCGGCAGCGUCGGCCACAUUACAGCACCAGCAACAAUUUGCAUAUGCACAGCAAAAACAUGCUGCUGCAGCAAACUAUCAACAGCCACAGCAUCAUCAACACCAACACCAACAUCAACACCAGCAUCAGCAUCAGCAGCAGCAACAACAACAGGCUCUAGCGGCAGCUGCCAACUUGGUGCAACACCAUCAUCAGCAUCAACAGCAACAGCAGCAGUACCAGCAACACCAUACCCAACACAUCCAUGCCCCACCGUACAGUGCCGCCACGCCCACCAGCAACGACGUACAACUGCAACUUGUUGCGGCCAACGCCAACACACCCAAUGCCAACACCAACAGCAGCCCAGCCGUGGCCGCAGCAGCAGCAGCAGCGGCGGCGGCAGCUGCCGCUAAUCGUCGCGAUCAUAACAUCGACUACUCAACGCUAUUUGUGCAAUUGUCCGGCACGCUGCCCACCCUGUAUCGCUGCGUAAGCUGCAACAAAAUCGUGUCGAAUCGUUGGCAUCACGCCAACAUUCAUCGGCCUCAGAGUCAUGAGUGUCCUGUCUGCGGGCAAAAGUUUACACGUCGAGACAAUAUGAAAGCCCAUUGUAAAAUAAAACACGCCGAUAUUAAAGAUCGUUUCUUCAGUCAUUAUGUACAUAUGUGAUCAAUUCUUUAUGUGGUCAAAUAAGCAGUUAAAGAUUAUAAACUUCCACCAAUGCCACACAAACAUAUAGAGAAAUUUAGGCACUCUCUCACACAAACAUGAAAACAACAAUGCACAGCCCACAAGUGACACACAUUAACCACCUCCAAUGCGAUACACACUCUUAAAUAAAUUUAAACCAAUUAAAAUUCUUAAAUACGACUACGUCUCCCACUCCAAAUAUAUGUAAUAAAAACUCAAGUUACAGAGAGAACUCAUCUCUACUAUUUCACUCUCAAAUGUAGCUUAUCUACUGUUACGGAGGGCAACUCUGCAACAAAUAUGCUUUGGUACAACGGCCUCUGAGCGACAUGUGCCCAAAAGUCGAAUCGUGCAUCUCUAAAUCGUGUAGCUUGUGAUAUGAGAAUUUCCCGAAAUUAUUUGUUGUACUUAUACUAUGUAUGCUUUGGAAUACUACAUAGAAUUCGCGCUCUUUAAUAUGAUACACAGGAAAAUGCGACUCUACUUCGAAAUACAAAUAAGGAAGUGGUCGAUUUCUUUGCGUAUAUGCUAUAAAAAUCUUACUGCCUGCUUUUAAGCAUUCUGUGCAGAAAGGGAAAUGGGGCUGUAAUGAGAGUCUGAGCGAUUCUAUGCACACAUGAAAUUUUAUGAUGAUAGCGCAAUAGUUUACAAUGCAAAUCUCAAAAGACCUGUUGGUCAGAAUCAUCUGCCAAACGGAGAAUUGCUAUUUCGUAUUUUCGUGGAAUUUGUGUACAUAAAACAUCUUUGAGAAGAAUAAUUACGUACUUUAUUUCAUUUCAAGGUAUUGAAAGUAUUCGAUGUGGUACUUGCUGGCGGUGCAGAAGAAGAGAAAAAAAUCUUGUCCUUAUUGCAUUCAGUUAGCACGAGAAAUUCUAUCACCUUCAAACCCGGAUCCCAGAUAUGAUAUGUUGGUGGAUCGAAAUUAGAAGAUGGUAGAAGAGGGGCGGGAAUCAAUGGGCCUAAAUUCAAAAAAUCGAUUCCAAUGGGCCUCUGUCCAACUGAUGGAUCGAAAUUAGAAAAUGGUAAAACAGCGGCGGGAAUCAAGGGGCCUAAAUUCAAAAUAUAAUUCCAAUCGGUCUCUACCUAUCAAUCUUCCAGGCAAAAAUACAUGCCAUUGAGAUAUAUCUGAGGAAAUGCCACCGUAGAAAAAAUAAAAGGAACACACAUUUACAUACUUUCAGAUAUUCAGGCUGUUUUGAAAGCCCUUCUAUCAAUUACAAUCACCUCAAAAAUGGUAUGUGACUGCCUGAACCUUCGCAACAUAUUAGGGAACUUCAACACAGAUUUUUUAAGUUGGAUUCUUGUACACGAGGGACAUGAGGGAAAUGAAAUAGCGGACCAUCUAGCUAAAAAAGGGACAAACAUGCCUUUAAUUGGUCCUGAGUCUUUCGGGGGGCCAAAGGACCACAUUAACGAACUUCUCAGGAGGUGGGAGGAGACAAAUGAAAGAAUUCCCAAAGCCGGGGAAAGAAAUUUCUGAUAAGCUACUUCCGACGCAGCAGAGUAGACUUAAGACAUCUAACCAGUUACUUUUCAGGUCACUGUAGCCACUACCUGAGAAAAAUUGGUGGUAUUGCCGUGCCUCCAUAUAAAUUAUGGAACAAUACACAACAGAAUUUACAAACAUUUUUAAAAAGCCUUAAAAUAUUGGGUACCUCAGUAGGCUUUGGCUUUACAGCACGAGGAAGAGUAACGAUUCUUUCGAGCAUUUUAUUAAGAUUAGCUGAGAGGCGGUUACUUCGUCAAUCAGUAAGAAGAAGAAGCAUGUGUUGCAUAGAAGCAUAGGGCAAAACAUUAAUUCAUGUAGCCGGCGAAAUCUUGGCGCUGGCGUAAAGUAUUUCAAAGUCUAGAUGCUGCGAGCUCAAAAAUCACUGAUCAUAUUUUCGUGAGAAUUUCCUAUUGGGUAUAGAUUAACUAGGCUUUCGAUAGAGAUCAUGCGCUCAGUUGCCGCCCAUAACAGUGGCAUUAAGCUGCAUUCACACUAACGUCAUAUGUGUACAUUUAUAUAGUACGAUUUAAUGUUAUAUUAAAAUAAUAAGAUAACUUUACAUUUUCCUCGUAGUUAAACAGAAUGUAUGUAUUUAUUAAAUAUGUAGUUGUAAAACAUCGAAAAUAGCAAAACAAAAAAAAAAACCAGAAACACCAAAGAAAUCACCAAAUAUUCAUAUUUAUUAUAAAUAUAAUAAUUCUCUAUAAUAAUGAUUUUUCGAAUGAAUAAUUGUGCAAAGAAGUCAGUAUAAUUAGUAUUUAAAAUUUGAACGAUCAAGCGAUUUUAACAAAACAAAGUACGAGUAUUAACCCACCCGGGCAAAUUGUGGAUUUCGUAGUAGACUGUAGCAUUGCAUAUUUACCAUUAGUAUUUUUUUAGUUUUAUUAUUAAAGUCAUGGUACUGAGAAAAGAAAAACAAAAGAGUGUUACAAAAAAAAAUUACACUUAGUCAAAUUUAUUUAUUUACGCUAAUUUACAUACAUUUUCGAUUUUAUGUAGGCAUCGACCAAAAAACCAGAAAUGAAAAUUUUUCGAAUAUCUAUUGUAAUAAUGAAAGCAAAUGUUUACAAUUUAAUGUAGUAUUUUUACCAAUGCGAAACCUUAUUUAUUUACGUUUGGAGCAAGCGAACAAGUAUUAUACUAGGAAUUCCAAAAACAAAACAAAAAACGCGAUAAGUUAACACUUCAGGUAGUGAAUCAAGAUUAACGCUUUUAAGUCCUGCCAUAUUUAAUUUUUAGUGAGCUAGACACAAUAUGACCAUUUAGUUCAAAUUAAUAAUAUUUUAUAUGCUGUAUUUAAAAAAAACAAUAACUAAAGCAAUUUUUUUUUUACGAAAAAAAAUAGGUAUAUGAAAGAGUUGGCGCAAUUAUGCAAUAAAUUGCACGCUGGAAUUGUCACGAUUAUUAUCAACAGCAACUUUCUUGAUGAUGCUAUAAUUAUAAGAAAUAAAAAGUGAAAUGGUCACUCCACAUAUGGCUUUAGGGUGAUUAAUUUUAGAGGCGCAUCAACUCGAACAGGUUACUUCUUUUGAACUAAUGUUUGCUAACGCUAAAGAGCUAUCACCGAGAAUUCUAAUUUUAAAUUAUGCUUGAAUAUCUAAAAAUAUGCAACUCUUUCGUUUGGAAAACGUGCAAAAGCACUAAAAAUCACCCUAUCAUGUAUCACGAAAUCGACUUACAUUUUCGCGUGAAAUGCGCUCAUUCUGAAAUUAAUUGUUGCAUAGAUUUAGGCACCAAACAUCCAUGGGAAAAUAUGUUCGAAUGCGAUAUAUAGUAAGUGCCUUUUCUUUAAUGAGCUAUGCAAGUGGGUAAAAUCAUACAUUUUUUCGCGCAAAUGUGACUCAACUUCGAGCGGCAUGAUUAAGUGGACCUUCAGUAUAGAGUUGAUUGUAAAAAGAAGUGGCUUUUGUAAGUGACGACCUAUAGCGAUAUUUACGCAACGAAGGCCUUCCUGCACGUGUUUGUUUGGAGCUCGGCGAACUCAGAAAUCUCAUUUUAAAAAAAUUCUUAUAACAAAUUACAAGUCAAGUUCUACAUCAGUAUUAAAUACCUAUACAUCGAUUUUGUUCAAAAUAUAUUGUGCCAGCUGUCAAAUGGAGAAAUUUUUGUAUAAUCAACAUGGUGAAAAAAUUUAGAAGGGGUAGCUAAUAUCAAACCGUUAAACGGCGCUCAGCGAAUUAGAAAGAAUCAGAUAUGCAAAUCUCCACUUAUGAAAGCGGUUUACGAAAAAACUGAGAUUGUUGAAAUGUGUGUGAAUGCGUGCGAAAUGAGCGGACAGAAUUGUGCUGCAGAGUACACGGUGACGCGGCAGCCGAUGUUACUCGCUAAAUUUCGUUUUCACCAAACCUAUUUCUGAGAGAAUUCUACUCCAACUACAGCCAGGGACGCUAGGCUUAAUUAACUAUGUUGAAGUCUUCGUUCCUUUUCUAUCUCUUUUCGCCAAUGGAAUUGCCAUUUCAUGCUUUGAUUAAUAAUUUGCGACCCACAUAUUAAUAGAGCUAUAUAUAUGAGCCUUCAAAAGACAGAGAUUCAGAAGAUUUGCGACUCCAAUUUUCAACAGCUUCGUCUCCAAAUUAUUCGCAACGAUUUCGAAUAUAAUCGAUUUCAAAUUUUACCUCAAUAUCUGCUCUACAAGUACUGCGAUAGCAAAAUGAUAAGCAAAAGGUAUUUCACGUUUAUGGCGACCACUUCUUCUUUGAUGCUCUCCAUAGUUUGGGUGCCGUCUUUUUGGAUUGAUCGACUGAAUUAGGCAAAGAAGAUGGGGCAUAGAAGAUGAGAGAUAAGUUGAGAUAGAAUCAGGAAAAAUCUUCUUUAAGCAUCAUCGACCGUUAUUCGGCUCUGAGCGAAUUUGGCAGAUAUGCCGACGCCUUUCGUUUUGUGUUUCACUAAGCUAUAGCUAAAACUAAAUUUUAUGAAACACAAAACGAAUGACGUAAAAUCCAAAGUUCCCCUCAAAAAAUAAUUUUUUUUCACCAUACCUAACGAGCAAACCUAUAUACCAGGAUCCUUGGAUAAGAACAACCAACUCAAUAUAAGAAUUAAGAGAAAACCCGCUAAAUCUUACUACACAGUUUGCUCAAUAAUUAAAGCGGGCGGCCGCCGUAGCCGAACGGGUUGGUGCGUGAUAACCAUUCGGAAUUCACAGAGUGCAUGUUGGUUCGAAUCUCGGUGAAAGCAAAAUUAAUAAAAAAAAACAUUUUUCUAAUAGCGUUCGCCCCUCGGCAGGCAAUGGCAAACCUCCGAGUGUAUUUCUGCCAUGAAAAAGCUCCUCAUAAAAAUAUCUGCCGUUCGGAGUCGGUUUGAAACUGUAGGUCCCUCCAUUUGUGGAACAACAUCAAAACGCACACUACAAAUAGGAGGAGGAGCUCGGCCAAACACCCAAAAAGGGUGUACGCGCCAAUUAUAUAUAUAUAUAUCUUUGACUUGAUCAGCGUCGCUGUAGUCUGCAACCGAGUUGUCCUUGAUUAAAUGAGCGUCGAUGUAGGCUCUAACCAAACCGUUCAGUUCUUAGCUGCCUGUAGAGUAUGGAAACAUUUUUUAUAUUUAAUUUUUUUUUACACUUAAACCCACUAUUUUCGCUUUCGAAGUUGGUUCGAUUGGGUACUUUUACGCCUUCGAGUAGUCAUUCACCUCUUCAAAUAAUUUUUUAAUGGUUCCAAUUAUAGAAAAAAUAAAUUCCGUAAAAAUCAACCUUUGAUUUUCCCUAUAGAAAUGUUGUCUGUUUUCAGGCUAUUUAAUUGACAGCGACACCGUACCAUUCGAAUUUUGCAGCUAAUUUUAAUAAUAUUCUAGCAUGGUAACCUUAACAGGUUUUGGGCCGAAAUUUUACUCCAAGUUUUACUAAAAAAGUUAAUUUAUACAAAAUUGCUUAUUAUUAGCGCCAUUGCCUGAACACUCUCGAUCUUAAGAGCAGCACAAGCUCCAGAAAUAACACAAAAAAAAAACAAUUAAUUAUUUUCGAAAUUUGUGUUCGAUUUCAAAUUCAUAGUUAUUAUAACAGAUCGAAAAAAAGGUUUCACAUUGACUUUCGUGUAAACAAAUGGGACAACGUUGAAUGUGUAGUUUCUUAUUUUUUGUCAAAACUAAAAAAACUACAAUUAUAUGGGCAAGAUACGAUUUUUUAGAAAUUAAAGAUUAAAGCUAAAUAUACUAGUAGAAAUGUGGUUUCAACGUAAACGGUAAUAAAAUGGUUCUUCAGCUAGGUAUACAAUAAUGUUUGUAUGUAGUUAUACUAAAUGAAAUGUGAAAUAAAAAUAAAACUUUCAAUAUUAUUACAAAAACA